UCCAAAAAAAAUUCUCUCUGUCAUCUCUGGUAAAAAAGGACGAAAAGGGGAAAGGAGCCUACUUUUGGUGACAGUCUUAGGGAAGGUCACGUUCCGAUUUGAGUGGACGAUCGGGAAUUGCAGCGAAUUUUGUUUGUUUACCAAAUUUAACCGGUUUUUGGUAUUUUGAGACGAUCCUCCAGCGAUUGGAAGGACCGCCACACCCAGGGCAGCCACGCGAAUUUUGAAGUUGAGUUGAAGAACAAACACGUGGAGUGUGCUGGGAAGAGCGUUUGUGAUUUCCCUAAGCAAGUUUGAAGGAAAAAAAAGUGUUGCCAAAAUGUCCGGUGGAUUCUUCUUCGAGCACAUUGUGGAGUUCCUGCUGCCAAAGAGUGACGCCCAGAAGGUCGCCGAGGCCGAAGCCAAGCAGAAGAAGUCAAGUGAUCAGAAGGUCCAGCUGAAGAAGUGAAAAAAUCACCGGAGAAAACAUUAAAAACUAAUAAAAACAGUGUUGCCAGAAAGACUAAGCUCCUCUGGAAGGAGCGAUCCAAGUAGACGUUGAGUUACCGGUCAUUCGUGACCCACUAGGACGUAAUAUCGUAAAAAGUGUCGCGUCAAAGCCUACCAUGAUGUUCAAGAAGUACGUGCUCAAGUUGACGAACACGAUCGGAACGGUGGACUACCUGCGGAAGAAAUCGUCGGAAAAGUCGGAUGUGAUCCGGCCGCCGGUCUACCGCAAGCAAAAGUACUCCCGCGCCGGGCUGGACCUGGAGGCGGACUACAUGCCCCGGUCGCGCUACCCGAGUGCCUGCUCGACGGACAGUGCCAUCACCAGUGCUGGCAGCUCGUCCAGCAGCAGCAGCGGAAGCAGCGCCGGAAGUGGCAGCGACACCGACUCGGAACCGGCCUCGCCCGACAUCCUGCUGAACGCCAACAAGGACAACGUGCUGCUGUUCGAGACGGCCCUGCUGGCCCUGCCGGCCGCCCAGAUCAUCAUCUCGACGGCCAUCGCGGAGCUGCGGAACGCACCGGAACUACAAGCAUGGUUCCACGGUAAUCUGUCCGGCAAGGAGGCGGAACGGCUCAUUCUGGAACGGGGCAAGAAUGGCUCCUUUCUAGUGCGUGAAUCUCAGAGCAAACCGGGCGACUUUGUGCUUUCCGUGCGAACCGAGGACAAGGUGACACACGUGAUGAUUCGGUGGCAUGAAAACAAGUACGACGUCGGCGGCGGCCAAAAGUUCGGCACGCUGUGCGAGCUGAUCGAGCACUACAAGCGCAACCCGAUGGUGGAGAUCUGCGGCACGGUGGUCCACCUGCGGCAACCCUUUAACGCAACGCGCAUCACCGCCGCAGGAAUCGACGCCCGGGUCGAGCAGUUGCAGCGCGAAAACGGCAGCCACUGUUACGGCAAGGGUGGCUUCUGGGAGGAGUUUGAAUCUCUGCAGCAGCAGGAGUGCCGGCACACGUUCUCGAGGCGCGAGGGCCAACGGAACGAGAACCGGGUCAAAAAUCGCUACAAGAACAUUCUGCCCUUCGACCACACCCGCGUCAAGCUGAAAGACGUGGACAGCUCCGCGCCUGGCGCCGAAUACAUCAACGCCAACUACAUCCGGCAACCGACCGAAUCGGAACAGAACGAGAUGAGCUCCUCGUCGGAGAACCUGGCCCAGCAAAACAACAACUCCUCCUCCUCCUGCAACAACACCUCAUCCGCGUCCGCAACCUCCAACGGCAGCGGGACUCCGACGACGUACGCCAGCAUCAACCAGCAACCGACGAAGAACUGUCAGAGCUGCCAACUGCUCGGCAAACCGUGCUCCCAGUGCUCGUUGAAGGCGAAUGAGUCCAAACACAAGCGAAACGAAUCGUUGACGUCCCGGUUGCAGCUGCAGGCCGGCGGUUGUCCCACCGGAGGAGGACUGCUCCGUGGAACCGGCGCCGCCGACGAGAAGGACCUCUUCAAGACGUACAUCGCGACGCAGGGCUGCCUGGCGAACACGAUACAGGACUUUUGGAACAUGAUCUGGCAGGAGAACACCCGCGUGAUAGUGAUGACCACCAAAGAGAUCGAGCGGGGCAAGAAGAAGUGCGAAAAGUACUGGCCCGACCCGCAGCAGAGCCGGGAGUGGGGCCAGGCCCGGGUGACCUGCCUGAGCGAGACGAGCACCGCCGACUACACGCUGCGGGAGUUUCUGCUGGCGUGGCGGGGGCAGGACGAGCGCAAGAUCUUCCAGUACCACUUCCAGGUGUGGCCCGACCACGGCGUCCCGUCCGACCCCGGCUGCGUGCUCAACUUUCUGCAGGACGUGAACGCGCGCCAGGAGCAGCUGCAGCUGGAGGGACUCGCGCCGGGCCCAAUCUGUGUCCACUGUUCGGCGGGAAUCGGUCGCACGGGAACGUUCAUUGUGAUCGAUAUGAUUCUGGACCAGAUUGAUCGGGAAGGCCUCGACUGCGAGAUCGACAUCCAGCGGACGAUCCAGAUGGUGCGCUCGCAGCGCUCCGGCAUGGUCCAGACCGAGGCGCAGUACAAGUUCGUGUACUACGCCGUGCAGCACUACAUCCAGACGCUGUUCCAGCGCAAGCGGGCCGAGCAGCAGAGCCUGCAGGUCGGCCGGGAGUACACCAACAUAAAAUAUGCAUGUGAUAGCAGUGAUCUGCAGCGGUCGCCCCUGCCGGCCUCCCUCUCGACACUAAGCUUAAACACUAGACAGCAAGAACUGCCAAAUAAUCGCUCGCAUAAUCACACGACUAGAUCAACAUCCGACUCCCAAAUACCACUACCGAGGGCUGUGACUGACUUGAACAAUCCUUCAUCAGUAUAUGAGAACAUUCCCAAAGAAUCGCGACCACCCCCGACGCCACCGCGGAAAUCAUGACAAAUGGAUUUUUAAACUGGUUGUGAACCACCAUCGAUGUCCAAUCCAAUCUGCCCUGUCUCUGUGUGGAGAGGGGUUGCACCACAAAAAAGUUGAAAAAAAAAUCGCGCAGUGAGAUCUAAAGAAAAAAAAACAGCCGGAACCCGGGUUCGAGAACAUAUAUAAGCAAAGUGUGAUUCAUGGUAGGAAAGGUGAAUUAAUUAAGCGCAUGUGACGAAGACGACGUGAUGAAACAAGUAACAUUCACAACAACAAAAAAACAACAUAAAUGGAGAUAAUAAAAAAAGAAGGUUAGGACGACUGCGAGAGAAGCAAACUGUUUUGUUAUCUUACUUAUAAAAAGAAAAUGUUUUUCCCGUUUUGUUUUUUAAACAUUCAAACCCACAAAAUCAAACAAAGCAUGCAAAAUUGCAACGGAGAAAAUGCAAGCAAAAUACAACCAGUUAAUAGAUAUUGCAUAUAUAUAAUAAUAUACAUUUACGAGAUAGUUUAGCAGAUAGAACUAGUUAUUUUUUUGGGAAAAUAAAACGAAAGCUCUUCCUACUCAUCCCCGCCGUCAUUUGAAACAAUAUAUUAGAAGAGAAGUUACAAAAAAAUCAACAAAAAAGAUCGUCUAUCGAAAUACAAUACAGAAAACAUAAAAAGAAAAAAAUAUUAGCGUAUCUAGUCUAACAAAUUGUCGCGCAGUUUGAAAA